AUGCAGCUCCCUGCAAUGAGUUGGAACUGCCAUAUGCACUGCUUCAACCCGGAUCAAUUCCCAUUCAAAGCCAACCGCUCCUAUACUCCCGAGCCAGCAGUCAUUACCGAUGCUUUGAACAACACCUGGACGGAUAACUUUAUGCUGGUUCAAGCCACUAUAGAAGAUGGAUUCACCGGUCUGCUGGAUAAUCUGGGUCGUGCCCGCGACUUGGAUCCCGGAAAGCACACAGCCGGCACCAUUUUCUGGGACCCAGAACACGAAGCUCAGCUUAAGAACAUGACUGGAUCUCAAUAUGAUCAGCUUCACGACGCGGGCAUUCGAUCAGUCCGUGUUCACGGUUCAUACGGAGGCUCAGGGGAUAACCUCGAUUGGGUCCGCACCCAGUUCUUGGACGUAGCCCAGUACAGUCCUGUUCACCGACAUAACUGGAGUAUCUCUGCCCAACUCCCGCUUGCAACUUGGUCAGCUUUAGCGCAGACGCUCAUCGAACAUCCGCUUCUUCAAAACGUAUCAGUCAUCGCUGAUCACGAUGGAUCCGCCACGCCAUCCGACGCCGGCAGCCCCGAAUUGAGCAACUUCUUACGCUUACUAGAGUCCGGGAAAUUCUAUGUCAAGAUUGGCGCACUGCACCGAAGAUCUCCAACAAACAUCGAGCUGAUGCGCCCCAUCGUCGAGUCUUUUGUCAACACAGCACCUGGAAAUGUCUUGUGGGGGAGCGACUGGCCGCACGUCAAUACCACUACGGGUAACCUGAGUCCGGCGCGUCCUCUCGAGGUCGAUACAGGCGCAGAGUUGACCGCGUUGAAGAGCUGGCUUACAGAAGAACAAUGGCUCAACAUGCUUGUCAACAACCCACAACGGCUGUUCGGCACGACUCAGAAGUAG